AUGGGCGGGCACGGCGGGCUGAACAUCCUGCCGCAGAAGCGGUGGAACGUCUACAGGUUCGACAACCAGGAGAAGGUCCGCGUCGACGAGGCCGAGGCCGCCCGCCAGGACCAGCUCCAGCGCGAGGCCACCCGCCGCCGCGAGUCGCACGCCCGCCUCGUCGCGCUCCGCCGCAACCGGGGCCUCCAGUCCGACUCGCCCUCCCCUCCCCGUGCCCCAUCUCCACCCCCCUCCUCCGCCCGGUCCGCGGACCAGGUCGCCCGGCCGCGGCCCCCACCCCCUGCCGCCCGGCCCGCGGAUCCAUCCCCCGUCGUCUCCGACGGAGACCACAUCAACCUCUUCUCCGGCGGCGGUGGGGCCGCCGACUUCGCCGCGCUUGCCUCCGCUAGCGGCGGGAGAGGCGCAGCUCGGGAGAGGGAGCCUGCGACAGACACUAAGCCAAACCCUAAGAAGCGUAAGAAGGAGGAGGAGGUUAGGACGGCGGGGCCUGACGACGAGAAGUACAAGCUGGGUUAUGGCCUCGCCGGCAAGGGCGUGGCUACGCCCUGGUACAUGUCGAAGCCUUUGGCUUCCUCCUCUAAGGAGAGGAGAGAUUACGCCGAAGGCAACGGGGAGAAGAGGAGUGGAGGGAAGAAGAGUAUCGAGGAGCUUAGAGAGGAGAGGAGGAAGAGGGAGGCCAAGGAGAAGGAGCGUGAGCGAGCCUUGCUUGCUACUACAGCAAGGAAGGAGAGGCAGCCAGACCGGGGGUACUCGUCGAGGUAUAUGCGUCGAUGA